UACGCAAAUAGAAGCUUCAGUGUCAUACGUAACAUCAUUAGACUGGCUCUCUCCACAAGGAGCGGAUGGAGUUUCUGAUCAGAAAGUCCCCUCAACACACUAAUAUUCUGGGAUGGCCCUGGUUGCAAGCCCAUAAUCCGCUCAUAUCCUGGAAAUCAGGUUCUCUUCACACAUUUCGUUUUGUGAGGUGUACACCUCAGUACAAUGGCAGACACAAAGCAUAUUGCAUUCUCCAUCAUCCAGUUUCUCCGUGACCAGCUGUCCUCUGGGGGUCUGUCAUCAGAUGCACAAGAAAGUUUAGAAGUUGCUAUUCAGUGCUUGGAGACAACAUUUGGGAUUUCUGUAGAUGACCAGAACUUAGCAGUCAGUCAGUCUCUGCCAGAGUUAUUUGCUUUUGCAACUAAACAGACUGGUACAACACAAGAAAACACAUUUGUAACCACUGGAUCACCUUAUGAGCAUCAGUUAGCAGAGGCUGAGCGUCUUAAAACAGAUGGAAAUGAUCAGAUGAAAGUGGAAAACUUUAGUGCAGCUGUGGAGUUUUACUCUAAAGCCAUCCAGCUUAAUCCUCAAAAUGCUGUCUACUUUUGCAACAGAGCUGCAGCAUACAGCAAGCUAGGGAACUAUGCUGGAGCUGUUCAAGACUGUGAACGUGCCAUUGGAAUUGAUGCAAACUACAGUAAAGCAUAUGGACGAAUGGGGCUUGCUCUUGCAAGUUUGAACAAAUACUCAGAGGCUGUGAGCUAUUACAAGAAAGCACUGGAACUGGACCCUGACAAUGACACCUACAAAGUCAACCUUCAAGUUGCAGAACAGAAGGUUAAGGAAACACAGCCAAGCACAGCAGGGGGGUUGGGAGGAGUCGAUCUGGCUGGUUUGCUGAGUAACCCUGGGUUCAUGAAUAUGGCAUCUAAUUUAAUGAACAACCCUCAAGUGCAACAACUUGUAUCAGGUAUGAUGUCUGGGUCUUACAGUCCCGUAAGUAGUGCCACCUCACCAACAGCUGCUGGAGCAGGAGGUGGUGGUGCCAAUGACCUCUCCAGCCUCAUACAGGCUGGACAGCAGUUUGCACAACAAAUGCAACAGCAGAAUCCUGAGCUUAUUGAACAGCUGAGGAGUCAAAUGCGCAGCCGACCUCCCAGUAGUGCUGGCAAUGAUGAACCCUGACACUCCUCAUGAAUUGAACACUACUUCAUGGACACAUGGAAGAUGUGCUACUUUUUUUAAAGAUAUACCUUGUUCCUACAAGUCUGGAACAAGACCAAUUUAUCCAUCUGUAAAAAUAAAAUUAUAAAUUAAAAAAUGGGUUCCCACGGCCCAUUAUACCAAAUCAGUAUGUACACAUAUUGUUUUGAAAGUGAAGAAAUGUAUGAUCAAAUGAAAUGUCACACUACCAUUAUUUUCUCAUAUAGUAAUCCAGGUUAAUUGACUGCAAUUGUUACCUCAAUGAUAUAAUUCAGUUUUGCUGUUAACACAUCAGUGAUUCAUCUGUCUAGUGACAAGUCUCUGUCUGAUCUUAUAGGGGUCUUACUGGGAGCAUGCAGUCUAAACACUUACAAAUGUCGGAUUUCAAAUAUGAAUUUGAGGCAAAUUGUCAUGCUUUAUAAAUGUUUGCCAUGCUUGCAAUGAAUGAGAUUGGACAAUUGCCAUUGCCCUAAUUAAUAGCUGUGACUCUUAGUUUGUUCUGAUUUCUUUUGAAAUAAAUUUUUUUUUGUCAAUUUUG